AUGGACAUCAUAGGGCCAAUGCCACCCUCACGAGGAUACAGGUACUGCCUAACGAUGAUCGAUCGUUUCACACGAUGGCCAGAGGCAACGCCGAUCAAGGACAUAACAGCGGACACCGUCGUCGACGCGUUCUUUCAGACCUGGGUUGCUCGAUACGGCGCACCUGGAAAAAUAACACACGACAUAGGAACGCAGUUCGACUCCCAACUGUUCGACGCAAUGACGACGAUGAUUGGUUGCAAAACAGUCAGAACAACCAGCUACCACCCAGUGGGAAACGGAUUGGUCGAGAGAUGGCACAGGACUCUCAAAGCAGCAAUAAAAGCACACGAAACAUCCAACUGGGUGAAUGUGUUGCCAGUUGUUUUGCUUGGCUUACGCACCAGCUACAAAGACGACAUCAAAGCCUCAGCUGCGGAGAUGACCUACGGCACAACUCUUCGACUCCCAGGCGAAUACUUUAUGGAGGACGAACCGUUACCGGACCCAAAUUUCUUCCUCGAACAUCUCCGCCAAUCCAUGAGGAAGCUCAGACCAAAACCGACGGCGCACCACCAUAAGCCGAAGAUUUUCACUCACAAGGCUCUACACGAUUGUACCCACGUUUUCGUACGAGUCGACCGUGUGAAAAAACCGCUAAAGCAGCCGUACGAAGGACCGUUCGAAGUAAUCCGAAAAACAAAUGAAUUCUGUUUCAGGGUUAACGUCAACGGCACACCGACGGAAAUCUUGAUCGACAGGCUCAAACCCGCCUUCAUCGAGAACGAAGCCGCGACAACACCAGAAUCAGACGAACACUCCAGCGCAGGCUAUAGGACGUACCCGGGCCCACGAACCAGACACGUUACUUUCGCUCCCCAACCUGGUCGCUCGAGGCGAAGCACUGUGGCGAUACACAGAACCGAAAGUAUUGUUAUCGUUACGCGAUACACAACUGUCAUACUGAUUUCUUUACUUGUGUUACCUCGUUGGAAUAAAAUUGAUAUCCAUUAA